CCACCAGUGAAUGUCCGCCGAAGCGGUUCAUGGUGGUUAUUCUUCACCAUGAUUUGGAAGCUACUCCUGAUUUUGGUUUUUGCUGUGGGACUUCUGUCACAGCUCACAGAGACGUCCAAAACAGAAUUCAAACGACGUGGUUAUGUAAUUACAACACCCAAGAUUCUUCAUGGUGUUAAGCCUGAAGUUUGCUUAAUUGUGUUUGAUCCACCAGGAAGUGGCAAUUUGAAAGUGUCACUUCAUGAAAUACCUUCAGGCACCGUUCUUGCAGAGACUUCUGACGUAAUUACUCCAGAUGGUGGUCUGUUACUUUCUUGUUCUCGCCUGCCUGUUAAUAAUGUUAAAGUUAAACAGGCUGAGCUACAAGUACAAGUUGACUUCCCAUUAAAUCCACAUUUUGAGAUUAAGGAAAAAAGAGAAGUACAGAUUGCUUCUGCAGGAGUACUUACUUUUAUUGAAACUGACAAGUCAAAAUAUUCACCUGGUGAAAAAGUUCACAUUAUUGCUUUAUGCAUUGAUGUCGAUCUGUAUCCUGUCCAAAAACAGUUGAAUGUGAAAGUGGAAGAUCCUGAAGGGACCAAAAUAGCAGAAUGGUUAAACGUAACAACAAGAAAAGGAAUUUUUACCCAAGGAUUACUGCUACCCCAAGAACCAGUGCUGGGCUUUUGGAAAAUAAUUGCAGAAUUAGACAACAGAAUUACAGAAGCAACAUUUGAUGUUGAUGCCAUUGCUCCCACAAAAUUUCAUAUUGUUGUUAGUCCUCCUCCAUAUGUGCUGGCGGAUGCUGACCAUUUUACAUGGAAGAUUUGUGCCAAGCAUAUUUAUGGUGAGAAUGUUGAAGGUACUCUUAAGGCAUUUGUCACCUAUGUGCCAUUUUCUAAAGAAGCAUCUAUCAGUUUACCAUUCUUUAACCAUGAAGAAGAUAUUAAUGGCUGCUUUGAUUUAGUUAUUCAAGAAGAAAUUUUGAGAUGGAAAACUGAGAAAUACUUCUUCCAAACAAUCAUAUUAAAAGCCACUGUUAUUGAGAAACAAACAUAUGCCAUGCAAAGUGUCACUGAAGAAAUUAACCUAGUUGUUGUACCCAUUGAGCUGACUUUUCCAAAUGUGGAUCUGCACUCACCUCAUUUUCAUUUAAGCCUUCCAUAUUUUGGAAAAGUUAAUGUAAACAAGCCUGAUGGUAAACCAGCACCAGGAGAAAUUAUUGAAAUUUGUUAUGAAGCUUAUCAACAGUCCAAUAUGCCAGCAUCUAAACACUGCAAGAAUUUUACUUCAGAAGCUGAUGGAUCAGUAGAAUUUGUUAUACCUGCUCAACCAAAUUUCAUUCAAGGGAUUUAUGUAGAGGCUGUGGCUACCAAGUACCCUAAUGUUGAUUCAAGAGGAAAAAGAGUUCUUUAUCAACCUAUGGAAUCCUUGUACUUGACACCAUGGUACUCACCCAGUGGCAGCUUUUUGGAGAUUCUUCCUAUUCACAGGAUUUCAGAAUGUCAAGAUAAACUUAAGCUUGAUGUGAUUUACACAACAGAUACUAUUGAACAAGCUCCUGCUAUGUUUGCUCAGAUGAUAAGAAGAGGAAUUCCAAUGAAACCUGUUAAAGUAGAGCAACUUCACAUUCAACAGUUGAAUCAGAAUAGUAAAAUGUUAAAAAACAUUAUUGUGGAUGAACAAGAAAUGCUAAGUGAUAGCUUCAUGAAGAAUACUUCUGUGAAAAUUCCAACCUUGCCAUAUAUUGCACAUACUUCAAUCGAACUUGCGAUAAAUGGAUCACUCACUCCUAUCAGCAGAGUAGUGGUAUUCUUUGUUAGAGGUGAUGGUGAGAUGGUAGCUGACUCUACAUUCUUCUUUACAGAAUGCCUUAAAAACAAUGUUAAACUCUCCCUUCAGAAAAAUAAACAUCUAGGUGCAAAGCUUAGUUUUGAUUUAGAAGCUAAUCAGAAUUCCCUGUGUAAUGUCCAAGUUUUUGAUAAAGCAUCAAAUAAGGAGUCAUCUAAAUGGACUAAAGAAAAGCUGUUUGACAUUCUUCGAUAUCAAGACAUUGGACGUUACAAUUAUCCCUUCCAAAAUGGACAAUGUCAAAGAACAGCUGGUGAAUCAGCUUCAACAAGUGAGGAUAUGUUGACAAGACCUCAUCAUUCUUCUUUGUAUGGUGAUUCCCUUGUGGCCUUUGAUGAUGCUGGUUUGGUGGUGAUGACAGAUCUAGCUUUAGAAACUAAACCCUGUAUUAGUUCUGAUGAAUUUUCAUAUCCCAUCGCUGUUGCUGCUAAAGGAAAUAGCUAUUACAAUGGACGUAAGUCAGCUAUGGAAAACCUAAAUACAUAUUUUAUCAAAACUCUGUUCUGGGAUUUAGUGGAAGUAAAUGGGAAAACUGAAAUUGAACAUGAUCUUCCUAAAGAAACAACUAAGUGGAGUGCAAAUGCUAUCUGUUUGAGUGAUAUCUCUGGCAUUGGAAUUAGUGAAUUAGUCAAUGCUGAAGUUCACAAACCAUUUUAUCUUGAUCUUAUUACUCCAUACUCCAUAGUUAAUGAUGAAAGUGUCGAGCUGAAGCCUAUGGUCUACAAUUACUUACCAGAAUGCCUUCCUUUAACAUUGACAUUAACAAUAGAAGAUUCUGAGCAGUUGAAGGCACAAGGUAAAACUAUGCAGUCUAUUUGUGUUUGUGGUAAUGAAAGUAAGACAGUCAACUUCAAGGUCAAAGGCCAAACCCCAGGAAAAGCCAUUGUAUCUGUGAAAGCAUCAUCUAACAAAGAUAAAAGUCAGUGUGACAAAACACCAGUGUCUGACAAACAUUUUGAAGACAUAGUUUCAAGGAAUAUUCAAAUUGAAACUAAUGACAAAUCUGAUACCAUCGAUAAACCUAGACAUAACUUCAACAUUAAGAUUUCUGGUGUUGACAUUGGAUUGGAGCAUUGUGGAAAACGUCGUUUAACACUAUGUUUGAGCCGUACAAAUACCACUGCUUCUCCAUCUAUGGUUGUGGCUGAUAUCAAGAUGCCUUCAGGAUUUGUUCCUGACUACAAGAGUUUAAAUGAGCUGGUUGUUAAAAGGGAUUCAUCUGUCUAUACUUUUAAACAAAAAGACAAUCAUGUGGAACUAUUAUUAGGAGAGAUAGAAGCUAGGUCAACGUGUUUCUCUUUCGCUAUAAUACAAGAAAUUAAAGUAACAGGUUUGAAAGAAGCUGUUGUAAAGAUUUACAAUAAAAAUGAGAAAGAUACUGAAACACUCUUCCAGUUUUUAGUGCCCAAGGAAUGCUCUAAGGUUAUUCAAGAAGAUAUAGUGUUCCAAGACUUUGUUCCUAAUGACUCACAACUAUAUAUGUCUAAGCCCAGUAAAUGCCCAGGUGCUCCUCUUAGUUGUCCAAAUUGCCUAAGUUCACUUGAUGGUGAUGUUCGUUACAAACUGAAUUCUUUCAAGUAUGUUCUGAUUGGAGAAAUGUUUAACAAGCCUAAAGAUGAUGAUGGUAGUUUAUGUGGCUCCUUCUCCAUUAUUAAGUUUCUAAAAGGUAACAAGAAACAUUUCAACAGAGAAGUCCACUUCAGAGUUAAGAAUAAUUGUGGAUGUAACCUGAUACAACGCACAAGAGGAAAAUUUAUAUUGAUCACAACCAGUAAAGUUUGGAUCAAGGAGAGCUAUUUGUUCACAUCACUUGUGCUCAGCCAAGGUGUAUAUGUAAUAAAUUAUGACAACUUGAAUGAUGUGAAAAAUGCACUUACACAGAGUGAUCAUGUCAGUGGAAGUCCAGAUGCUCCGUAUUCCUGUCCAUAUUGUUUACCUUCUGUUGAUAAACAUCUUCAAAAAAGUAUUUCUUCCUUUGACAAUGUUUUAAAAAUCAAGAUUCAGGAAAAUCCAACCAAAGGAAAAGAAAAAUUUUCUGGUUUCUUUGUGGUUACUGAGAAGUACAAGAGCCUCCAAGAUGACUUUGUAGAGCCAGUUACCUUCAGUGUUAAGAGUGGCUGCUUUUGUGAUUAUCUUACACCUGGCAAUUUUCUUCUGUUUGCUGGAAAUGAUGCUUGGACAGAAAUGAAUUACAAAAUGCAGAUGACAGACCAAGUGUACAUUGUAGCUUACAGCAGUACAAAUGAAUAUGAGGUUCAAAAAAAUCUAAAUUCAAUUAGUGAUGAUUACAGAGUAAGCGUAGCACCAUACUUAUAUACGGACUGCCCUCCAGAGCCUUUUACCUGUGUGAAAUGCCGAACCAGCAUAAACUACUAUUUGGAGAAGAUCAUUUGUAUCUUUGAUAUCAUUCUCAAGAUUGAUAUCAAGACACUUCCUGGUGUAGGUAACAAGGCUUCAUGUGGCAAGUUUGGGAUUGUCAAAUUCUACAGGGGAAAUGAAGAUGACUUUAAAUCUCAGAUCAGUUACCAUGUGAGGGAGGGCUGUUAUUGUAAGCAGCUUAAAACUGGUCUCUAUAUUUUACUGAGUGUGAAAGGUCCUUGGAGCAAAGUUGGCUACAAAUAUGAUGCUGUGCAGUUGACAGACCUAGUCUAUCUUCUAGAUUAUAACUCAAGAAAUGAAAGAACAAUUGAAAAGAAACUAAAGUAUUGUGAUCCUUAUCUACCACCUGUACCUUACCCUCCACCUGUACCCUACCCUCCACCUGGACCAUCUCCAAGUUGUCCUUCAGUUCCUUAUUCCUGUCUCAACUGUCAUCAUGACAUAGACUAUAGAUUGGAAGAAAUUAUUUGUACAUUUGAUUUCAUUCUCCAAAUUGACAUCAAGACGCUUCCUGGUUCAGGUAAGUAAUCAUAUGUAAUUU